UGUCUGUGCGAUCCCGACUGCAAUGCGGUCCUCUCCGCCGCCCUCUCCUCCCUCUGACACCAGCCGUGGCCCGGAGCCAGAAGAGAGAGAGAGACCAAGACAGAGAGCCUGGGCUGGCCGUGAUGGCGAUUCCGUGACGUAAGGCGAGGGAAGGAGAGAUGAGGGAGGCGAGAGAGAGAGAGAGAGAGAUUAAAGGGAAAAAACGCGGCAUGUUUUUUUCCCCCUUCCUCGCCGCCGCCCUCCUUCCCGCACCGCUUCCUCGUCCUUCCUGAGGAACGCGGCCGGCCCGUGUGACUCUGAGCGCGUGCAGAGUGCCGCCUGGGCGCGGCUGCGCCGUGCGUCACCCGCCCCUCUCCUGCGCACGUCAGCGCUCACCAGGGGCGGCGCGGGUGCGCGGCGGCUUUUCUAGCGCCGGCCUGCCGGGCUCUUCCCUAGAGCAUUUCCCUCCUCCGGGCGCAGCGGACCCGGCUUGGACCUGUGACACCCUCCGUGCCCGCCGCCCUCCUGCCUGCCUGCCUGCCUGCCUCCCUCUCUCUCUCUCUGGAUCCCAAGCCUCGGGUUGGAGAGCGCCCGGGCGAGCGAGAGCGCACGCGUGCGUCCGGAGAGGGUGUCCCCUUCGCGCUGAGCCCGUCGUUGGUUUCCCGCCUCCUUUGCUGGGCGAGUCAAGCAUCGGGGCGCCUCGGAGAAGGAGAGAGAGAGAGAGAAGAGAGAGGGAGGCAUCGCCCUUGAGCCCGAUCCCGAGAUGUGGCUCCCGUCCUGGCUGGCUGUGGCCGCCCUCCUCGGGGUGGCCUUGCCGGGCUCGGCCCGGGGCGAAGUGGUGAGCAAGGCAGGCGCGGGCUUCGGCGACUGCGACGCCUUUUUCUACCAAGGGACGGCCCCCGAAGGGUUCUCGGGCAGCUCGCCCGACCUCCCGCUGGCCAGGGUCUGCCAGCGGUACAAGCAAGAGCCGCGCUUCGCCACCCUCUACAGCACCCAGGAGAAAGUCCCCCUCUUCUCGGCGUUCCGCUACGCAGGAGCGGCCCCGAGGGCGCAAGAGGAGGAGGAGGAGGAGAAGGAGGAGAAGUGGCUGGUGGAGCCGCAGAUAGAUGAUCCUAAACAUGGUUUGGAAGGAAUGAUGCCUGAAUCCGAGGUUACAGGUUCAGUGGAUAACUUGGGAACAAACCAGGCACUCACUGCAGAUUAUGUGGACUCUGGCUAUGAAAGGGGCCAGCUAAACCCCGGCUCUCUUCACCAGGAUGACCACCAGAUAGCUACGUAUACGCUGACCAACGCUGUCCCAGUGGCCCCUCCUCUCCAGGAUAUCUGGCACUGGGAGGUGGAGAACCUCGUCAGCCGAAGUUUGGCUCCUCACUGUGGAAAUGGGAAAGACCUCUAUCUCGUUUCAGGAGCUGUUCCUUCCACCGUCAGAGUGAAAGACAAGGUUGCGGUCCCUGAGUUUCUCUGGCUCGCAGCCUGCUGCGAUGAUGGGUCUGAAGCUUGGUCUGUGGGCUUUAUGAAGCAGGCUGCCGCGGGGCACCGUCUGGAAGAUCUAAGUUUGGAAGAGCUUGAAAAGAAACUUCCGGCAGGAGCCCAGCUUUUUAAGAACAACUGCGGUCAAGACAGACACAACCCUGAGAAGCUGGAGCUUGUGUUGCAGUCGGCCAAAAAGAUCCGGGCUGAAGAACCGGUGCCUCAAAGCAGAAAGACCACCACCAGCAAGCAGAUCAGUACUGCAAAGGAGGAUUGUGGCUUUCUGAAGAAACUGUUCUGUCUCAUUAUUACAUCUCUCUUCAAGUUGUUGAAAUUUGUUUUCCAUCUGAUCGUCUACGUUGUGAAAUACGUCUUUUGUUUACUGUGGCAGUUCAUACUGACGAUUGUCGGCGGGGUGUGCACGUUCCUCAAAGGAAUUCUCUCAGUCCUGUUCACGGUCUUUGUCGACCUGGCACGGGUGGGGGUCAGCAUCCUGAACGGCAUUGCGCAAAACAUCUACCAGGUCCUCAUGAUCGCCUACAGAAUUGUUUGCGUCCCUGUUAGUCUGAUCCUGGACAUUGUGUCCUUUCCUUUUUACACUCUCGGUGCCGUCCCUGCAGUACUCCAAGAUAUCGCUUCAGGCAUCGGUGGGUUGUUCUUGCUGGUGAUUGAUGCCACAACGGCUGUUGUGUGUGCCAUAAAUUCCGUUGUUUCACACCUAGCCAAAAAGUUCCUUCCUAAGAUGUCUUUUGAUGUCUGAAAAAAGAGAGAGGCAGAGAACCACUCUUUCCCAAAACACAAAGCAAUACUUCCCAAAAAUGUUGCUAAUCUCUAGCUGUUCCUAUAAGUAUUUAUUGUGGUGACGUUAUCGGUGAUGAACCAGUGUUCUGGUGAGCUGCAUGAUCCUCCAGGGGAAUUUUAUGGCAUAUUAAAAGUCCACUGAUUGUAAACAUCAUCACCUUUGAUGGAUUGAUUGACACUCCAGCAUCAUGUCAAGUCUCUUAAGAAAUACGAAACAGUGUGCAUAUGGAAGACAGAGUCCUCCUCUUGACAAAGAUAUGUGAAAAUGUGUAUAUAGAGUAUAUGAAAAUAUGGAUACUGGUUUCUUAGUAAUGGCAAAAUAUCUGGAAGUCCAUUGGAUUUUCUGAUACUAGUUUAUAGGAUAAAAGAAAAAAAAAAGCUAACGAGUAGAAGAAGCUUUUAGAAGAUUUUGAAGAAUACUUUUCUUAAGCAAAACAUCCUCUGUGAAUAAAUGCAAUCCACAGGUUUUAAAAAAUUAAUCUGUUUAAAAGGUAAUCUCUCUCUCUUUCUUUCUCUUUGGGAGCAGCCAGAAUGUUGCAAAAGUGUGUAGGCUUUGGGGUUCUUCCGAUCCGUUCAUCACAUUAAGUAGUUCAAAAAUUAUGGGAGAAGGAAAGAAAUAAGGGUCAGACACGAGACUAAACCCAGUCCCUGAGUGGAUGCUGAAGAGCAAAUGAAUCACAGGUAGUUGUGUAGGUUUCAGGUCACAUUUCCUCCCCCAUCUCUGUGGUUUUAUACUACCCAGUCUGAUUAAUAAUCCUGGAGAGCUCAAAAGCUCUGUCCAGUUGUUGUAUUUAGCUGGCUGGAUAGCUCAGUGAGUUAGGUAUCUCGCUAUAGAGCCAGGGGCUGGGAGUUCAGUUCCAUCCAGUUCAUCCCCAAGGAGCCAGAAGAAGGGAAUGGCAAACCACGUCUGAGUAUUCCUUUGUUUAAGAGAUGUAGCUUGUAUCACCAGCGCAGACCAUCCCAGCUCCUGGUUCCAAAGGCUUUAGGGUGAUGGACUGGGAAAGAUGCGUCUGGAAUGUUGUGUCAUGACAAAGAGGGCAGCAGCUUGAUCAUCAAGUAGUCUGUCUCAUUGCAAAUAUUUGACAUUCUUGCACUGUGGAAUUCUCCUUUCCCUAUUGACCUGCCCUGCAAUCCCUGGGCACAUAAAUUAAAGCAAGUCUCUUGUGGCAUGAUUUUUUUAAAAAUCUCCGGCUGUUUCCCCAAUAAAGCUUUAAGGAUAUGAAUCUCUGGUGUGAAAAAAAUGCAGGCAUGGUGCAGUGUCCAAGAGAUUGAAGAACACCCAAGAAGUCUCUGGUUCAAAUGUCACCUUUGCUUUAAACUCAUGGAUUGGCCUUCAGCACACCCAGCCUCAGUUUCCAAGUCUGCAGUAAAAGAAAUGGCAAUACUGUUGCUUUUUUGGACAACAAUCCCAGACUCCCCAGCCACAGUAGCCCAGCUCAGGAAUAAUAUUUAUUUCAUUGUAAGGAAUGUGACUGGAUAAGGCACAUUAACUGUGAUGAUCUCUGGAAAGUGCUAUGUAAGCAUGAUUGCCUUACAGAGUUUCCUUAGGAUCUUCUUCCUUUCUUUCCAGAGGGUUUGAGUUUUAGUAGCAGCGUUUUCAAAACUUUGGUCUGCCAACCUGAUUCAAAUAUUGUCUCCAACCCAACAUUUUUCUAAUAUGUUAGAGUACGGCUUCUGUAAUCCUCAAUUACUGAGGACGAUGCAUACUGUGAUCUUAACACACCCAGACCUCAUCUGUUUAGGGGAAAACUGAAUUAUUCUUAACACCCUGCAUUAAAAUACAAAAACUGUAUUGAAAGUCAAGACUUGAAGCCAACUUCAGAAAUUGCACAUAGUAUAAAAAAAUGAGGCAGCUAGAUAAUUAAUAGAAGUGAGGAUUACAGAGAACAGACCACUAGUCUUCAAAUCAGACUUUGAAGAAGGUGUUUUGUUGAAGCAUACUACCUGGAAUUUCCUGGCCUUGCUUGCUGGGGAAUUCUUGCAGUCCCCCAAAAAUAAACUUUUCCAAGCUCAUUUUAAUACACUUGGAAUGCCAAGACCAUGGCAUAUUUUCAGGUUUUCAAGGGAUUGCUUUUGAGCUUUAAAAUCUUCUAUAAUUUGGGACCAAGUUAUGUUAAGGAUCAGCUGGCCCUACGUUGCACUUUAUACAGGAAGUCCUUUGUUGAAAGGGUUGUGCAGUCUGAAGUCAGAUUUAGAAAUGGAAGAACCCUAACAAAGAUGAGCAGUAGGGAUCAUGAAAUUAUCCAUUACCGAUUAGCUCCUGGAGAAAUGACUGAGCAGACACCAAAGCCACCUUGUUAGGGUCUUUCCUACUGUAAUGAGAUUGUUUUGUCCAUAUUUAAAUAAUAGUCUGUGGUUGGAAUCCUAUUGCAUACCUCUGCCUCCAUAAUGCUAGUAACGUAACUAUCAGUGACUAAUUGCCACAUGUUUGAAGGCAGAAUAGGCAUUUCCAGUCAUACACUGAGUCGUGCAAUUGGUGUGCAAUAGGAUGUGCUUACCCUAACUUCAUAACUUGUGGCAAUCCACCAUUGAAAGUUAUGUGACUGGUGUUAAACCAGAGGGGGCAGUGAAUAGGAUUCUGGCCAGGAUUUUUAAAUUUGCACUUUUGUUUAUAGACAGCAUAUACAAAACAGUUCUUUAGAGUGAUGUUUAUAUAGCGACCUUAUGCAGGGACCAUGUUCUCCAACAUGAACUUGUUCUGUUGGUGAAAUCUUCUACUGAUGAAGACCUUCAUAGUUCCUUCCAUCAAAUGAGGUGAUGAGAGUGACCUAUCAUAAAUGCGUUUUCCAUUAUGAGAUCCCAUUUCUGGACAGCUUCCAGAAGAAUUUAUUCCUACUUGCCUAGCCUUUUUAAAUUUUGGAAGUUUUAUUGUUCCUUAUGUUUCUGAAGUUCAAAGGUGAGUGUUGAUCCUUGAACAGUAGCAUCCACUUAAAAGACAGAAACAACUGCAGGCUUAUGGGGACCGUUUCCAUAGAUUAAAAAAUAAAUGAACUCCCCCCCCCACUUCCGAGAAGGGUUGAUGAGCUUCCCAAAACAGUCCAGGCAGAACACAGCAUGCUCAGUGCCCAUGGAAAGAUUAUCAGCUCCUGGCCUGGGAAUGAGAAGAAAAAACUGGAGAAGGGAAUGGAGUCUUCUUGAAUAACUGUGAUUGAAAUGGUGAACAAGGGCACUCUUCACGGCAAAGUUUUGUUGCAAAUUUUCCUUACAGAGUUUUGUUUUAGCUCUUUGCUUAUACCUCUGCUGCUGCAUCUUCUGUGUUGUAAUAUACUGAUUUUAAAAAUAUAUAUUUAUUGUUAACUUGUA